UAUUGUAAAGGCAACAGGGAUUUUAUCACAGUUUGGCAAACUCACAUCUUUCAAAAGAAUAUAUAUUAGAUUUAAAUAAGUAUUAGUUUCAAACAACUUUACACUCCCGAUUUUAAACAUUCCCGAAAAUAUGGUGUAGUACAUGACGAACACGUGUCUGCAUGCCCACUGACCCCCACCCAGCACUAGCACAUGUUAUCUGCCAGUUGUAAAAUAAAAGUCUUAGAAACAGGGCGCAGAUAACCUCCAAACAUUGAGGCGGCGGGUCCGUCCACCUUCGUGUUGCCGAUCUUGACCGUCUUCUUGGCCGCCAUGCAGAGAUGGCAGAAGGCAAGGUCCCGGCUCUGAAAAGAAUAACAUUGAAUUCUACUGUAACAGUUCAUCCAGAGAGGCCAAUGAGUUGGAGAGAUGGCUCACUGGUCAUUGAGAUUGUGAUGAGUUGUUCAUUAAAGAAGCAACAGUAAACAUUUGAAUGGUCAUCAUUUCAAUAUUUAAGUACGUCCACAAAAAUGGAGAGAAAAACAAAUAAAAGUAAGUCAGGUGAGGAGACUGAGGUUAAGUCAUCAAUUUUAACUUCCUCAAAAUAUCAGAGUUCAGUUGAUCUGGAUAUGGAGAAAGAGUUUAAGCAGAUUUAUGAACAAGCUAAAAGACUUGGCCUAACAGUGAAAGAUUUUAAAACAAUAAGUGUCUUACAAAAAAUUGACUGGGAUGUUUCUCCUUGUAAAUUAUUCUUACAGAUUGUCUUGGCAGUGUUAUCUGUGGUACUAGUGGUCCAAUGUUCUUUGGUGUUCACUGUCUUAUUAGAUUGGCCCAUUAGUCAUGAAACCUUGGCUCAAGCUUGGUUCAAUAUUUAUCAGUCCGAUGCAGAAUUUGAACAGUGCGUCGUUUACAUGCCAGAAACUCUUCACACAUUGUUUCGUCCACCAGUAGAAUGUUCGUUUUGCAAAGGGUUGAAAGAAGUCCAGACAGUUAACAACAUUAAUCAGGAAGAGUUUGAGAGGCUGUAUGCUUACAGUGGGGUUCCUGUUGUCAUUGGUGAUGGGACCGUGAAUUGGACGGCUCCGAAACAUUUCAGUUUUGAGUUCUUCAGAAAUUUGUACCGCCCCGGAAGUCAAGCUCUAGAAAAUCAGCAAAGAAAAUGCCAGUUUUUCCCGUAUAAGAGCAACUUCACCCGACUUGAAGAGGUUCUUGAAAUGAGCGAUGAUCGGGCACACAUGCGGGAUGGAUCAACACCCUGGUACAUCGGCUGGAGUAACUGCGACUUCAAGACGGCAAAUCUUCUGAGGCAACAUUACCAGCGUCCGUACUUCCUGCCCCGUCUAUCAGAGUCCAGCAAGACAGACUGGAUGUUUAUGGGAAGUCCGGGAUAUGGAGCCCACUUACAUAUAGACAAUGUAGAGAAGCCCUCUUGGCAGGCCCAGAUCACGGGUACCAAGCGCUGGACACUCGAGCCGCCUCCAGAAUGCUACGACGUGUGUGAGAACAGGCUACAUGUCACUGUGCACCCAGGGCAAAUCACUCUACUGGCCGAAGGACUAAAGAGCUUAUGUCAUGGCGUGGUUUCCGUCGUCCGUCCCUCCGUGCUUGUACUUGACACGAACAUUUGGUACCACUCUACAUUGAAUGUGGGCAAUGACAUCAGUAUUACAAUUGGAUCAGAAUAUGACUAGAUACAUCAGCACGGCCACUAUAGAUACAUCACCAUGGCCACCAUAGAUACAUCACCAUGGCGACCAUAUAUACAUCACCAUGGCGACCAUAGAUACAUCACCAUGGCCAUCAUAGAUACAUCACCAUGUUGACCAUACAUGCAUCACCAAGGCGACCAUAGAUACAUCACCAUAGCGACCAACAUUCCUUCAGGAAACUUUCCUUACCAAAGAUUUGAGAAAUAGCUCUAUAAAGAACACAGACAUUUCUACCUUAGCAAAGGAGAUUCAUUCACGCAUGUUGUAUGCUUGUCUUAUUGUUAAAUGUACAGGGGCCACAUUUAAGAAACCAAAAGAGCCUGGCUGUAGGAAAACAGGGUUUGAUGCAUGUGCCUUAAGUGUUGUCCCAGACUAGCCUCUGCGGUCCGCACAGGCUAAUCAAGGAGGACACCUUCCACUUUUGUGGAAUUAUGGUACUUUUCGCUUAAAGAAAGUUUUUCUAAACAAAAAAUCAGUUUACGCAGUAAUUGUCAUCCCUGAUUAGACUGUGCCGCUGCACACACUUUAUGCAUGUGCAUUAAUCCCUGUCUUCCUAGAGUAUGGCUCAUUUGGUUCCUGUAGUGAGACUCAACUGUUCUGUAGUGAGACUCAACUGUCAUGUAGUGAGACUCAACUGUCCUGUAGUGAGACUCAACUGUCCUGUAGUGAGACUCAACUGUCCUCUAGUGAGACUCAACUGUCCUCUAGUGAGACUCAACUGUCCUCUAGUGAGACUCAACUGUCCUCUAGUGAGACUCAACUGUCCUCUAGUGAGACUCAACUGUCCUCUAGUGAGACUCAACUGUCCUCUAGUGAGACUCAACUGUCCUGUAGUGAGACUCAACUGUCCUCUAGUGAGACUCAACUGUCCUCUAGUGAGACUCAACUGUCAUGUAGUGAGACUCAACUGUCCUGUAGUGAGACUCAACUGUCAUGUAGUGAGACUCAACUGUCCUCUAGUGAGACUCAACUGUCCUGUAGUGAGACUCAACUGUCCUCUAGUGAGACUCAACUGUCCUGUAGUGAGACUCAACUGUCCUGUAGUGAGACUCAACUGUCCUCUAGUGAGACUCAACUGUCCUCUAGUGAGACUCAACUGUCCUCUAGUGAGACUCAACUGUCCUCUAGUGAGACUCAACUGUCCUUUAGUGAGACUCAACUGUUAUUAACCCUUUGCACGCUGGGAAAUUUGUCGUCUGCUAGAAUGUUGUCUGCUGAAUUUCUAAAAUUAGCAUUUUCUUUCAUUUUUUUCAAAGAAUACUAUCAGAAUAGCAAACAGUUUGGAUCCUGAUGAGACGCCACGUUCUGUCUCAUCUGGAUCCAAACUGUUUGCAAAGGCCUUCAAAAUUCGGUUCCAGCACUGAAAGGGUUAAGAUUUCAUUGUACUUUUGACACUCCUAGAUGGGAAUGUUUCUUGUAUUGGAGCUGCCCGUGACUGUAUGUUACCUAUGACACUUAUAGAUGGGAAUAGAUUGGAACUGCGCAUACCUAAGUGUGUUACCAGUAACAUUAACCUUUUUGAAUGCUGUUUAGUAGACUUCAAUGUUUUAUGUUACAAAGCACUGACAAAUCAUAAAAAUUUGACUAGGUUUACUUUGUUGCCUUUUACAAAUAUUAUUAAAAUUAUACUUAUUCAAAUAUCUUAACUUUCUUGUCAAAUAAAAUAUAGUUUGUUAUAUCUCAGUAAAAUUCAAAAAUUUAAUUUGAGUCUUAAAACUCUAUUAGUUGUUAGUGCCUUUUAAUGUUUUUACAUCAGUAUUUAAAUUGGAUCAGAAUAUGACUAGAUACAUCAGCACAGCAACUAUAGAUACAUCACCAUGCCAACCAUAUAUACAUCACCAUGGCGACUAUAGAUACAUCACUAUGGCCACUAUAGAUACAUCACCAUGCCGACCAUAUAUACAUCACCAUGGUGACUAUAGAUACAUCACUAUGGCCACUAUAGAUACAUCACCAUGCCGACCAUAUAUACAUCACCAUGGCGACUACAGAUACAUCACCAUGGCGACCAUAUAUACAUCACCACUGCGACUAUAGAUACAUCACCAUGGUGACCAUAUAUACAUCACCAUGGCGACUAUAGAUACAUUCACAUGGCAACCAUAGAUACAUCACCAUGGCCACAGGUUUUUAAAUAAAUCAUUUGCAGCAAAACUGCUUUUUAGCUUACCAGUGCAAAACAAGUUCUGGAGUACCUUUUAAGCAUAACAUUUUGUCCAACAUGAUUCUUGCAUAAUUUUUUCAUUCCAACAAUAUCAUAAUGGCUGGGCACAUUUUCAUGAAUGUUUACAUAUAUGAUUCUUGCAUGCCUUUCUGUCAAAGUUGUUCACAAUCGGUAAAAAAUAAAUAAAAACACUUGCUCUCACUAGGGUGCCAAAUUUCCCAAAGUAUUGUCUUGAACCAAACGAAAAAUAGUAUGAAUUUUUAUUAUAAUCAAUUAUAUACAUAUAUAUUGUUGUGCAUUGCACUCGAAAAUAUAAUCAGGGCUAUAACUACAUUAAUAUCAAAGAAAGAAAUAUGUUUCUUGUUCUCUGCAAGUUUCAUUUUGUAUCCAUUUAAUACUUGUCUAUGUAUGGUCUGCUUGUAGAACAUGCCAAUAUGUAAUAAAUGGCUGUUUGCAAGAAAUAUGCCAAAUGCAAACACCAAAAGGAAAGUUACAGUUCUUUCAAUCUGCACUUGUAUAAAUCGUUCUUUGUAGAUCUAUGAAGUUUUAUCUUAGUGUUUUCAAUUAAUAUCGAAUGAUAGAAUGCAAAAUGAGAUUAUCAAUGACUCUGUAAAAAUAAAAUAAAAAUUGAUAGUAAUUGUACUUUCUCUACUUCUACAAAUUUAUUGAAUUACUAACAACUGAAAAUAAAUAAUUGCUACACAAAAUAUGUUGUUACGUAUAUAAAUAAAUUUUUAUAAGGUAUAAUAAAUACAUAUGUUCAAUGUUUAUCUAUGUAUGUGUUAAACUGUUAUUUUAGAUUGACUUUCAAAACUUUUUAGCUCACCUGAGCACAACGUGCUCAUGGUGAGCUUUUGUGAUCGCUUUUUGUCCGUUGUGCGGCGUCAACAUUUGCCUCGUUAACUCUCUAGAGGCCACAUUUAUUGUCCAAUCUUCAGGAAAUUUGGUCAGAAGAUUGGUUUUAAUGAUAUCUUGGAUGAGUUCGAAAACGGUUACGUUCGCUUGAAAAACAUGGCUGCCAAGGGGCGGGGCAUUUUUCCUUAUAUGGCUUUAUAUGGCUAUAGUAAAAUCUUGUUAACACUCUAGAGGCCACAUUUAUUGUCUGAUCUUCAUAAAACUUGGUCAGAAGAUUUAUCCCAAUAAUAUUUUGGACGAGUUCGAAAAUGAUGCCGGUUGGUUGAAAAGCAUGGCCUCCAGGGGGCGGGGCAUUUUUCCUUAUAUGGCUAUAGUAAAACUUUGUUAACACUCUAGAGGCCACAUUUAUUUUCCGAUCUUCAUUAAACUUGCUCAGAAGAUUUGUCCCACUGAUAUCUUGGAUGAGUUCAAAAAUGGUAACCUUUUCCUUGAAAAACAUGGCUGCCAAGGGGCGGGGCAUUUUUCCUAAUAUAGCUAUAUAUGGCUAUAGUAAAAUCUUGUCUUGUCCAAUCUUCAUGAAACUUGGUCAAAAGGUUCAUCCCAAAAAUAUCUUGGACGAGUUCGAAAAUGAUGCCGGUUGGUUGAAAAACAUGGCCGCCAGAGGGCGGGGCUUUUUACCUUAUAUGGCUAUAGUAAAACCUUGUUAACACUCUAGAGGCCACAUUUAUUGUCCAAUCUUGAUGAAAUAUGGUCAGAAGAUUAUUUUAUUUUAUAUUAUUUAUCAUAGUGACUCAAGUUACUUUGGGUAACUGCAAAGUAAUAUUAUUGCAAUUUUAAAAUAUACCUAGUAUAUAUAUGCAAUAUAUCUGAUGUAUAUUUGUUAUAAAUUUGUCCAAUAUUUAAUUAUACAUGUAUGUGUAGUUGCAAUUGCACAUAUUAUUACUUUAUAUAAUCAUAAACUCUGUACUUUGUAAACACUGUACACUAACUUUGUCCACGUGGGGUUGUGGCCUUCUGGAUGUAUUUUCUAAUAAACUUUAAAACUUUAA